UCACGCACAAUUCGAUCAGUUCUCAUGCUAUCAACGCUGCAGAGAGGAAAUGCCUAGACCUCGUCUGUAGUGCUUUGGGCUUUGUUAGAGUAGGCGCACAACAACUGGACUGUGAAACUGAGUGCUGAGGAGGAACUUGACCGGCUUCUGAUUUAGAGAUGAGCCUUGUUUGAACUUGGCCGCUCAUAGUAACCCUAAAGUCUUGGACUGAACUAUAUACUACUUCUCUCUGAAUCUCCUUUGGCCAUCAGUACCCAUGUACAGCAGUGGCUACUCCGAGGUCUCCAAGUACAGUUCGGAGGCUCGAAAGAAGAUGCAGCACCGCUCAAAGGGAAAGAGCUGCGGCUACUACAUGCGGAUUGUCUUCUUCUUCUCUUCGCUCAUUCAGUUUCUUAUCAUAGUUAGCCUGGUGCUCUUUCUGAUCUAUGGUAAGAAGCAGGACUCAGCGUGCACGUCGCGCAUCCAGGACCUGGAAGAGAGCUUCAGCCGGCUCUCCAUAGAGAAUGUCGCCCUGAAGCAGCAGAGGAAGAACUUGACCAACUUACUUAACGUCACCCUGACUGAAAAGGCGCGAAAUGACUGGGACCUUGCCGUGACGCGCAACUACUUAAACAUCUCAUUGAUUAUUAUUAAAGAAAGGGAAGGGAGGCUGCAACAGUGCUAUAGCGAAUUGACGAUGUCCAAGAACACAGCACGUUUUUAUGGCCCAUGCCAAACACAAACUGGCUGUAACUGUGGGCUGCUGGCUGAACAGCUGAAAGCCAGGCUUGAGUUGGUGGAGUCCAACUUCACGCAAACAAGGCAGAGAAUGAGGAUGGAAAUGGACCAGAUUGCCAAAGACAGGGACAACAUUAACUUGGAGGCCAUCAGUCUUAGGAGGGACAAAUCCACACAUGAAAAGGAAGUGGAGUUCUACAGACAGAAAUGCAAAGAUGACUUUGCUAAGUCCUUGAGUGGUGUCUCUAAUGUCACUAAGGCUUUCCUACAGAAGGUUGAUUCUCUCUUCCCUGUACACAUCGCCUUCCAGCUCACCUGUGCGAAACAAAGGGAACACCUGGAGCAAAUCCGCACCAAUUGUACCAGCCUGUCCAGAGAAGUGGAGGACAAGUUCCAGCAGUACCUGAAUAGUGUGGGAGAGCAGGUGUCAGGCAUCCAGGGCGAGAACAGCCGCUUGAAGGCAGAGAAUUGGCGACUGUCUGAGGACUACCGCUGGUGCAGCCAGAACCGCACGGGCCUGAUCCAGCAGAACAAACAGAACUUGGACAAGCUUCAGUGGAAACAUGAUGAGGACAAGGAAAGACUCCUCAUGGACAAGAUGAGGCUAAAUGGAGAGAUAGAAGUCCUGGGCAACAAUGUCAAAUAUAAAAGUAAAGAGGUCGAGCACCUUACAGAGAAACUCAAGCAUCUCAACAUGUCCUGCAUGUCUAGGACAGGGUUUGCUGGAUUUCCAGGGGGCUCGAACUCUCUGGCAGGCACACACAGUCAACCUGGGUUUAGCGGAGCAUUCAAUAAGCCAAUAUCAACUGGGGCGGGCUCUUCAAGCUCAUCCUUCUUGUCGCCUGGGUCAGGUAGCUCCACUGGGUUAGGAUUCAGUAAGCCAGUAUCCACUGGGGCGGGCUCUUCAAGCUCAUCCUUCUUGUCGCCUGGGUCAGGUAGCUCCACUGGGUUAGGAUUCAAUAAGCCAGUAUCCACUGGGGCGGGCUCUUCAAGCUCAUCCUUCUUGUCGCCUGGGUCAGGUAGCUCCACUGGGUUAGGAUUCAAUAAGCCAGUAUCCACUGGGGCGGGCUCUUCAAGCUCAUCCUUCUUGUCGCCUGGGUCAGGUAGCUCCACUGGGUUAGGAUUCAAUAAGCCAGUAUCCACUGGGGCGGGCUCUUCAAGCUCAUCCUUCUUGUCGCCUGGGUCAGGUAGUGCCACUGGGUUAGGAUUCAAUAAGCCAGAAUCAACUGGGGCGGGCUCUUCAAGCUCAUCCUUCUUGUCACCUGGUUCAGGUAGCUCCACUGGGUUAGGAUUCAAUAAGCCAGUAUCAACUGGUGCGGGCUCUUCAAGCACAUCCCUAUUGUCCACUGGGUCAGGUAGCUCCACAGGGUCAGGACUCAAUAAGCCAGCUUUCUCAAGCUUUGGUUCAGCAGGGUCAAAUCCAAGUCUUAGCUCAAGUGGAAUAGGCUCAAAUAAACCAGCAGUGAGUGGGAGAGGCCCAUCAACCAGUGGGUCAUCCUCUGGGUCAACUGGAUCGACGAGCAAGAGUGGGCAAAACCUCUCCCCAUUUUCUUGGUUUGGGAACAUUAACUCAGGACAAAGUAAGACAGGAAGCGGAACAGGGAGAGGAACAUCAAGUGGGAAUAGUAAUGGUGGAACUGGAUCGUCAUUUGGUGCUGGAAGGACGAGUGGACCAGGAGGUGGCACAAUCAACAUUGCUCAUUACCUUCAGGAUGUGCAGCGCCUCAUCAAUCCUCCUGGCCCACAGGAGAACCAAGAUCUCUCCAGAAUGUUGGGUUAGACCAUCUUGACUUGAAAAUUAUUAGAGAUUUAUCUUCCACUGUAUCUAUUACACAAAGCUAAAUACAAGCUUUUCAUAGUGAGUUCACAUAUAGUAUUUCAAAAAAAAUGUACCCUAUAUUAUACUGUUUUUAUACUUAAAUAUUCAUUUAAAGAAUUUAAUUUGAAUAACUAUUGCACUUUUGAAUAUACAAUGUGAAGUUUGUGUGUUAAUGUGUUCAUGUUAAUGAACAGUGGAUAAGAUACAUGCCUUUGGUGUGAGAGACCCGGGUUCAAUUCCCCCUGUCCAUUCACCAAUGUUUCCACUUAAGACCACGCAAGACACUUAAUCCCUAGUUGCUCCAGAGGCAUGCAACCUCUGACAUAUAUAGCAGUUGUCGCUUUGGAUAAAAUGCGUCAGCUAAAUGAAUAAAUGUAAUGAUUUGUAUCUACACAGCACGCAACCUAGCAUGAAUAAGCAAAUGUAGUAUUUUUUUUACAUUGUAAAUACAGAAAAAUAAAGGCUUUGUUUAAAUGUAA